AAAAUAAAAAAAAUAAAAAUAAAAAGAAGAAGAAGAAGAAGAAAAACCCCUCGCCGUAUUUCUCUCUCUGUAACUUGCAAAUUGAACCAAAAAACCGAAUUGAAAUUUGUGAACGAUUUUGCUGGUUGAAUAAUGGCUUUGUUCGGAUCCAAUAUGUCUACAGAGGUUGGGUUGAGAUUACUUCUUUCCCCCCUCGGUUCUAAUGUUGUUACUCGUACGGCGUGCUGUUCUGUAGGGAUUGUUUUACCUGUUUAUUCUACAUUCAAGGCUAUUGAGUCGAAGGAUCCAGAUGAACAACGUAAAUGGCUCGUCUACUGGGCUGCUUAUGGAACGUUUAGUGUGGCCGAGUUAUUCACUGAUAAGUUUCUCUACUGGUUUCCUCUAUACUAUCAUGCGAAGUUUGCAUUUCUUGUGUGGCUUCAACUACCGUCUGUUGAUGGGGCAGAGCAAUUGUAUAAGAAUCACCUAAAACCCUUCCUCCGAAGGCAUCAAGCAAGACUUGAUCAAAUUGUUAAUUUCACCUACGGUGAAAUGGUGAAAUUCGCUAGUAACCAUGAAACAGAAAUUCAGAUUGGUAGGACGCUUGUUAUGAAGAUUUUGUCGUCAGCUAAUCAUGUGGUUCAUGAAAUAAUUCGGCCCGGACAAAGGCCAGCCAAUGGUUCUGCAAUUGAAGCUCCUCCACCAGAAUUGUCGGAGACUUCAGAUUCAGACGAUGAAGAAUGAUAAAUUUUUGUGACUAGAAGAUUCAUAAAUCUUAUUAAACGUAGAGCUUUUUUUUUCGUUUGAAUACCGUUUCUUCUUGUAAAGUUUGUUCAAGUAGGAGAUGAAGAAGAUGUCUGGUUUUUUAGGUAUUUUGUUUUAGUAGGAUCUAUGUCUGGCUUUUUUGCAUGUUUUUUGUUUUAUUUUAUCUUCUAAUUAUUGUUAUUAUUAUUUUUUAAAUAUAAGAAACGAAGUUUGUAAACAGUUCAGAAGUUGUAUUUUGCAAAAAUGAUGAUGAUUAAUUUUUUUUUUUCUUAUUUA